UUGAAUGUGUGGUCUAAAUUUAAGGAAAACAAGCCUCCUGAAAUCUUCCUUACAUCAAGUAUAUGAGAUCUUUUGCACCAAUAUACAAAUAAGUCCACCGUGAUAAAUGCUAAUGAGAAACAAAGUCUGUGGGUUCUCGUGAGAUGAUUGACAUUUCCCGUUUCUCAUUACUGGCAUAGCCAAGAAGAAACCAAAACCACGUCAACAAAUUCUGAACGCAUUGUUUGUUGACUUGAUUACCAGAAGUUAAAAAGAUAUGUGUGUCACCUAAGAUAUCAUUUUAAUCGUGGGAAUGAAAGUACUUGGGGUACAUUUGAGCUGUUUUCUAACCACGUGUGAAAGCUGAUAGCUAACUGUGAAAAAGCCUGAGCUGCAGCUGGACAGAAGAAUGCGAGAAUAAAAGAGGAAGCCAGAGGAGGAGCCAGCAUAUGGCCGAGAACAGGAUUUAGAGAUGCUUUAGACACGUAUAAAGAUGAGUGACCGAGACAGCAGCAUCUCUGCCUCUCAAACAGAGGGAGAAUUCGAGGGAGAGAUGGAUGAAGAGCUUGAGGGAGACACGGAGAUGGAAGAAGAGAAAAGUGAGAAUGGGAGAGGCAGUCCGGCCCCCAGUCUCUCCAACAUCUCCUCCACUCUGCGCGCCGUUAUACGCAUCAAACAGAAGUACCAAGCGAUGAAGAAACGGCGUCAAGAGAUGGCCCUGGGGGGCCAGUGUCCCCUCACAGGCGCCCCAGGACGAACCAGCCCCAAAAUCUUCACCUUUGAUGGAAUCACCCCCACUGCCUUCUCCUCUCCAUCAUCCAGCAUCCCACAGAGGAAGAAGAGGAGGAAGAAGAAACGGGUGUUGUUUCCCGAAGGAGGGAGACGAAGGGCUGCACCAAAGCAGGACCGCAGCCGAGCCAAAUAUUGCCUGUAUCUGCUCUUUGCCAUCGUCUUUCUCCAGGUCUACAACGCCAUAGAGAACCUGGAUGACCACGUUCUUAGAUAUGACCUGGAGGGAUUAGAGAAGACACUGAGGAGGGAAGUGUUUGGGCAGCAGGGAGCUGUGGAGAGCCUGCUGUCCCACCUGAAGGACUACCUGUCUACCUACGUCCACAACAAGCCUCUGGUGGUAUCCCUGCACGGCCCGACCGGGGUAGGUAAGAGCCACCUGGGACGCCUACUGGCCGGACAUUUCCGCUCCGUGGUGGGUGACACGCUUGUGCUGCAGUACUAUGUGCUCCACCACUGCCCCCAGGAGGCGAACGCCCUGCAGUGUGCCAGUGACCUCUCAGCUCAAAUCUCGGAGAUGGUGGAACGAGCCGAGGAGGAGGAGAAAAUUCCGCUCUUCAUCUUCGACGAGGCAGAGCACAUGCACCACGAGAUCCUAGACACGCUGUUGCAGCUCGUGUCCUCCAACCAGUCCAAUGAAUACCUGAAUGCUAUUUACCUGUUUCUAAGCAACCUGGGUCAUGCACACAUCACCAAACAUAUGCUGCACAACUCUUCGAGUAUUUCCAUGGCGAUGACAGCAUCAGGUCGUCAUAGCAAUCUGGUAAAAGAGCUGACUCCUAUUUUACGUAGCAUGCUGGAAGAGCUUCACCCGCUUUGGACAGAGGCUGAUAUCUUACCUCUCAGUCUUUUGGAGAAAGGUCACGUAAUGGAGUGCUUCCUGGACGAAAUUACUCGAGAGGGAUUCUACCCGGAUCAUGCUAACAUAGAGCGGCUUGCGGGGGAGAUUGAAUACUACCCUGCAGUAGGGGGGCACGAAUAUUCCCAGACAGGCUGCAAGCAAGUGGUGGCUAAAGUCAACCUGCUGUGACAUGCUCUUGUUUGCAUUCUUUUAAACAUGAAGAAAAGGGAUUGAAUUUACAAUUAUGAAACUUGAAUGACACGAUUCAAAGCCAACGCUUUUAAGAGUGGUUUUGUAAGAAUGUAAUAAAAAAAAAAUUCACACACAAAAAGGUGGGGAUAUUAAACUUUGUUGGGGGAAACAAGGAAUAAAUUUGGUGAACACUAAAAAUGCGGCAGGCAGUCCCUGAAGGGUGGGUUCACCCAGUCUACAUAAAUAAAAGAUGAUUUAAGUUCCCUGUUGU